AUGGACAAAAAAGACAUCAUGAGACAAUAUACCUCAGCAAAAGGUGCUUCAGCAAGCAAAAAGAGCUUUAGCGUUAACAUUCCAGGCCUUGAUACCCUGAAAAAGAAUCUUGAGAAGACUUCAACAAAACAAGUUGUUGAUCUGGUACUUUUCUCAGCUGGAAUUUACUUGAUGUACAGAUUCGGCAAGUCUGUAGCAGAUUCCCUCGACAGCCAAAUGCCAACUGAAAAGAGCAUGAUGGACAUGAUGAAAUAAAUGCAAGGUCCACCAGGCAUGCCACCCGCCCCCAUGUGA